AUGAUGACCAUGAACGGCAAGCAGCAUUUCUCCAUGCACCCGGCUCUGCACGAGCCCAAGUAUCCCGGCCUGCACUCAGGCUCGGAGGGCAUGCGCAGAGUCUGUCUGCCCGCCCCGCAGCUGCAGGGCAAUAUAUUCGGAGGCUUUGAUGAGAGCCUGCUGGCACGGGCAGAGGCUCUGGCGGCUGCUGACAGCAUUGUCUCUCACGGCAAGAAUCACCCGUUCAAACCAGACGUGACUUACCAUACCAUGAGCAGUGUCCCCUGCACCUCAGCCUCCUCUUCCUCCUCCACCACCGUGCCCAUCUCCCACGUGCCCUCCACCAUCGCCUCCCACCACCAUCACCACCACCACCACCUCGGACAGACCCUGGAGGCCGGGGACCUCCUGGACCAUCUCUCCUCCAGCCUGGCCGUGACCGGGAUGGGUGCUCCGGAGCCUCCCGGGAUGACCACGUCGGCGCACCACCACCAGCACCCUCACCACCACCUGCAGACCAUGGGGCAGCUGCACCAGGCGAUGGCCAACAUGGCCCACCCUCACUCCCUGUCAGUGCACGGCGGCAUGGCAUGCAUCAACGACGUGGAGUCGGAUCCCAGGGAGCUGGAAGCCUUUGCUGAGCGGUUCAAGCAGAGAAGGAUCAAACUCGGAGUGACCCAGGCGGACGUUGGGUCGGCACUGGCCAACCUCAAGAUCCCCGGAGUGGGGUCUUUGAGCCAGAGCACCAUCUGCAGGUUCGAGUCCCUCACUUUGUCCCACAACAACAUGAUAGCGCUCAAGCCGGUUCUCCAGGCCUGGCUCGAGGAAGCAGAGGCUGCGUACCGGGAGAAAAGCAGCAAGCCGGACCUUUUCAACGGGAACGAGAGGAAAAGAAAGCGCACCUCCAUCGCCGCGCCGGAGAAGCGCUCUUUGGAGGCGUACUUUGCCAUCCAGCCUCGGCCCUCCUCGGAAAAAAUUGCGGCCAUCGCCGAAAAACUGGACCUGAAAAAGAAUGUGGUUCGAGUGUGGUUUUGCAACCAGAGGCAAAAACAGAAACGAAUGAAGUACUCUGCGGUGCACUGA